AUGAAAUAUCUCCCUUUUGCUCUGUUCAACAUCACCUUGGGCUUGGCGACCGGCUAUUGGUUGGCGGGCCUCAAGUCUGGCAGCAGCAGCAGCAAUGGCAUCAAUACCACCACCACAAACGAGCUCGGACCCGAGCCUUCAGCAUUGCAGCAGAUAAUGCGCACUCGACAUGACGUACCUUUUAGUCCCAAUUAUCAUUACAUGGGACCUUCGGCCGAAGUGAAGGCCAAUUGGAUGGCUCUCACUAAGAGUCAAGAUUCCAUCUACCUCUCCAACCCGCACGCCUUCAACAUCCAAGACGCAGGAAUCCGGGCCCCAUUCUUCACAUUCAUCGACCCACCUCCAGCAGCAGCCAAGGCGCCCAAUCUUCUCAAUUUCUACGUCUUGAGUAAUCUCCACCAGCUACACUGCACGCACAUGAUUCGAACACGAUACAACGAAUUAGUCUAUGACAAAAUUGAUCCGUUCAAAGAUACCUCGUUUGAUCGGAAUUGGAUCACGCAUGUGGAGCAUUGCUUUGAGUAUUUGCGAUUGAGUAUUACGUGUGGAGAUAAUAUGGUGUUUGAGAGCGAUUCGCCGCCGGGGAGUCCCAAGGAGUUUUGGGAAGAUGGGUUGAGUUGGGGCGUGGUGCAUUCGUGUAUGGAUUGGGAAGGGUUGAUGGAGUGGCAGGAGCAGCAGUUGGUACUGUACAAUAGCACGUGGAGCUAG